AUGUCUCAAUUGGCUAUAGCAAUACAGUGGAUACGGGAACUUAAGCACGAAGAAGCGCUACGGCGGUAUCGAUCAACCAAGAGUGAGACAAAGCUUGUUGAGAUGAGCUGUCACACAUGCUUUCGCGCUCCAGCUUCGCGAACACGGUUUUUCUGCCCUACCUGUGCCCGUAAUCAGCUGUAUCAGCUCCGGGUUGAAACCGCGAGAGUCUUGCUUGAGAAACAAUCUAUCGCGGAACGUAUCCAAGCUGGAGUGAUCCUUGAGACAACCCAAGCGGAAUGGUCAGGUGAAAUCAAAGAAACUUCCAUUGCUUACCAGAAUGGGCUCUCUACCAAGCGAAGCUUACAAAUUAUUGCUAAGGGAGAAGCUGAGUCGUCUGAAAGGAUGAGGCUACUCGGUGAUCAACUCGACAAUCUGACUGCUGAAAUCAAGGACAAAAGACUUGAAAUUUCCCAGCGCAAACUCGCACUCGCGCGGCGGCACUCGGACUCUGAAUCUGCACAGUAUCAGCUCGGCGAGCGGGAGGCUGCAAUUUUGGCCAACAUCCAGAACAAUACCAAGAGGACGGAUCAUCUGUGGCAUUCACUUCAUAGCAAGACUGCAGAGGCCCGGAUAUUCCUCUGCCGAGAAGCUGCCAAUCUUUAUGGUUUACAACGGAAAACAAGGAAUAAGGAAGGGUUAUCCCAAGAGGUCUACACGAUGGGCGGUACCACGCCAGCUUAUAUUUCUACCUCCCUCUUCAAUGUUGCUCACCUUCUCGUCCUUAUUUCACAUUAUCUGUCUCUCAGACUGCCAGCGGAAAUCACCUUGCCUCAUAAAGACCAUCCUAUACCGACUAUAUGCGCGCCCUCUGCGUCCUAUCUUUCACGAGAUCCAAAUUCCGUAGCAUACUCGCUACGAAAUCCACCAUCUGUACCGUCUGGACCUAGAACCGCAUCACCUCGUCCUUCCAGACCUCGGCCCCUCUCCAUCGACAGAGCACUUCCUAAACUGGCUAGGGAAGACCCCGGAACAUAUGCACUUUUUCUUGAAGGGGUAACGUUACUGGCCUGGAAUGUGUCGUGGUUAUGUCGGACUCAAGGCAUAAACAUAACAUCAGAGUCCUGGGAAGAAGUAUGUAACAUUGGGAAGAAUAUGUGGCAGCUCCUUGUGGCACCACCUGCGCAGCCAUCGACAUUAUCAAGAGCCUUUGCUGGACGCGACAUACAGGCGAAGAUGAGAGCAUCGAAGGAUUCCCCUAGAACUACCAUUCAACGCACAAUGUCAUUCCCUAUGCUAGGGCAUUACUCGCAUGGUACUGCACAUUCCUUUCUGGGUGCUGUCGAGGGGGCUGAAUUUAUGCGCACUUGGAGGCUUCCAACUCCAACAAAGAUCGUGGAUAAGCUGAAAUCAACUCUGUUGGGUGAGAUGGCCAGUGCAGAAUGGGAGCUGCUGGAAGGCGACUGGGACGACGCAAGUCAGGAACCGAGUGAUUCAAUGCUCCUUCAACAUCCAUCCACCACUUCUGCCUCACCGGAGCGACAGGGUAAUAAUAGCGGGGAUAGUGUAAAUGGUGCAGUUGCCGGCGCGGGCAAUUUGAGUGGGCCUCGUGGACCCACUCGUAUGAAGGGUACCAGUGGCUGGACGAAGCUGAGAAACAGGUAG